AUGCCAGACAUUCGCAACUUCUUCACUUCCAAGAGCGGUGCUCCCCCGCCGAAACCUGCAGCCAAGAAGGAGGAAGAGCCAAAAAAGGCCCGCGGUAAAGGACGUAAGGUGAUUGAAGACAGCGACGAAGACGAGGUUGUCGAGACGAAGAAGCCGACCAGGUCCACACCUCGCAAGAAGGCAGCAGCCCGUACCGAGGUGGAUGGCGAAGAAACCACUGCUGCCAAAUACUUUGCGUCGUCCAAACCGAAGCCCGAUACCACAAAUACCACCCCAAAGCCUGCAUCCAAGACCCGUCUGACCCCUGGCGUCGAAGUCCGCGUGAGCCCCCGAACCAAACCAGCGGCAGCAAAACUAGUACCGGAACCAGCCAAGAAGAAGCCCAUUACCGCUUACAAGAAGCACGAUCGGGACGAUGACGAUGCCUUUUUGGACGACGAUGAGGAUGCCGGGGAUGACAUUUUCGCAGCGGAUGUGAAGGGUGGCAACAAACGAAAGAACGACGAGUAUGUCGAAGAAGACAGCGAGGAAGACUUCCUUCCCAAGCCCAAGCGAGUAGCUUCUCGAGCCGGUAAGCCUGUCAGGGCUGAAUCCGACCAGGAAGCUGAGCCGACCCCAAAAACGACAGCCAAGAAAGGGCCGGCCAGGAAACGCAAAACCCCGACUUCGGACAGUGAGGAGGACGAGGAGGAUAUCAAGCCCGCAAAGAAGGCCGCCCCGGCCAAACCACGUGCCCCAAGGGCCAAGAAACAGCCCGAGCCCGAGGCCGACGAUAUCAAGGCCAUUCUCGAUAACCUUCCCACCGUCCAAGCACCUGACGCUCCGGCGCCUGACCCGACCGCCAAGUUUGACUGGCGGAAAGCGGGGCCAGGGGGCGGGAAUUCCGGUCCGCCGCCAAUGGCCGGCGCUGUCGAUAUCCCCGAAGGCGAGGACGACUGUCUUGUGGGUAAAAGCUUUGUUUUUACCGGCCUUCUCAAAACUAUCAGCCGUGAAGAAGGACAAGCCCUUGUUAAGCGUUAUGGCGGCAAGGUCACAGGCGCACCAAGUAGCAAAACCGAUUUUGUUGUCCUUGGAGACGAUGCUGGCCCCAGCAAACUCCGGAAGAUCAAGGAGCACGGGAUUAAAACGAUUGACGAGGAGGGCUUGUUCUACCUCAUCAAAACGAUGCCUGCGCACGGCGGUAGUGGCAAGGGCGCCGAGAAGGCCAAACAAAAGCAGGAGGCAGAAGAGAAAAAGAUUCGAGACGAAGCAGCCCGGAUGGAGAAGGAAGAACAAGCUCGCAAGGCAGAGGCUGAGAAGGCAGCGAAGAAAGCCGCUGCAGCGCGCGGAGCCCCCCCCCCUGCGCCAACUCGGGUAUUAUCCCAGCUGUGGACAACCAAGUACGCACCCACGCAGCUUAACCAGAUCUGCGGCAACAAGGCGAACGUCGAGCGGAUCCAGGGCUGGCUUGACAAAUGGGCGAUGCACCGCAAGUAUAACUUCCAGAAAAGGGGUGCGGAUGGCAUGGGCGGCUACAGGGCCAUCAUUAUCUCUGGACCACCCGGUAUUGGUAAAACAACGGCUGCCCACCUCGCGGCCAAGCUCGCAGGAUAUGACGUGCUCGAGAGCAACGCUAGCGACACACGCAGCAAGAAGCUUGUUGAGAACGGCGUCAGCGAUGUGCUCAAUAACACGUCGCUGAUGGGCUACUUUGCAGCCGACGGCAAGCAAAUCGACGCUGGAAAGAAGAAGAUUGUCCUCGUCAUGGACGAGGUUGACGGCAUGUCUGCCGGUGAUCGCGGCGGCGUUGGGGCCCUUGCUAAGUUCUGCAAGAAGACCGAGGUACCCCUAAUUCUAAUCUGCAACGAGCGCAGGUUGCCCAAGAUGAAACCUUUCGAUCACGUUGCCUUCGAUGUCAAAUUCCAACGCCCGACGGUCGACCAGAUCCGGUCCCGGAUCAUGACCAUCUGUCAUCGGGAAGGUCUGAAGAUGCCGCCUCAGGUUAUCAACGCACUCAUCGAAGGGAGCGGCAAGGACAUCCGCCAGAUAAUCAACAUGUUAUCCACCGCCAAGCUCGAUCAGACAACCAUGGACUUCGACCAAAGCAAGGCGAUGACCAAGGCCUGGGAGAAGCACGUUGUCUUGAAGCCUUGGGACAUCUGCCAGAAGAUGAUUGGAGGAGGUCUUUUUGGCCCGGCCAGCAAGGCGACGUUAAACGACAAGAUCGAGCUCUACUUCCACGACCACGAAUUCAGCUUUUUGAUGAUUCAAGAAAACUACCUGCGGUCGAAGCCGGCGGCACUAACCGGGAAGAACUACAAUGCCAGGGCGGCACUAACCGGGAAGAACUACAAUGCCAGGAUUCAGAACCUCAAGUACCUCGAGCUUGUUGAUCAGGCAGCUGAGAGCAUCAGUGACGGAGAUCUAGUCGACCGCAUGAUCCACGGUCCGCAGCAGCACUGGAGCCUGAUGCCCACACACGCAGUCUUCAGCACUGUCAGGCCAGCAAGCUUCAUCGCCGGUAUGUUCACCGGUCAGACCGCAUUCACAUCAUGGCUUGGCAACAACAGCAAGACUGGAAAGCUCGGUCGCUUCGUCCGCGAAAUCCAAUCCCAUAUGCGUCUCAGGACGUCGGGCGAUCACAACGAGAUCCGGCAACAGUAUCUGCCUGUGCUCUGGCACCAGCUGGUCAAACGGUUGGAGGCCGAGGGCAAGGAUGUCGUCCCAGACGUCAUCGAGCUCAUGGACAGCUACUACCUCACCCGAGAGGACUUUGAUAGUAUCAAAGAACUCGGUGUGGGGUACCAGUCGGAGGACUUGAUUAACAUUGACACGCAGACCAAGUCGACAUUCACCCGGAUGUACAACGCGGCAUCGCAUCCUGUGCCCUUCAUGAAAGCUAGCAACAUGGACGUGGCCGUGGCCGCGAAGAAGACUGACAAGGAUGUGCCCGACUUGGAGGAGGCUAUUGAGGAAGAGGACGAGAACGACGUUGCCGAACCCGCUGAAGUUGACGAGGAAGAAGAACUCGACCUCAAGAAGGACAAGUACAUCAAGCAGCCCAAGGCCAAGGGCGGGAAAAAGACAGUUAAGAAGCCGGCCAAAGCUGCGGAUGACGACGACGAGGAUGGCGGCAGCAGUAAGCCGUCGAAAGCCAAGGCGAAGCCGGCGGCUAAGGGCAGAGGACGACCGAAGAAAGCUUAG